GAAAUAUCAACUAGAGGUGUUCUACUUUCUUUUUCUGAAAAUAAGAGUGUUAAUCAAUCCGGGUUCAGUAUUGUGAUACCCGAACGAAGAGCAAAAUCUAUGUUAAAUAUAUUUCAUUUUUGGAGGCUAAUUUUUUUUUCUUCCACAAAAGGAUUAAAAUAGAAAAAGACAUUUCUACAAAGUAUACAUUCUGUCUGUAAAAGCAACUUGACUGGUACAAUCUCGUUCUGUAAAGAUGUAUCAAUCACGGAGAAAAGAAGAAGGAGAAAAACAGCAUCAAGAACGACGACGACGACGGAAACAACAAGAAGAAGGAGAAGACCACCGACGACGGCGACAACAACAACAACAACUGGAAGAUGAAAAUCGACGACGACAAGAACGACAAUCUCGUCGACAUCAACAACGUGAAGCUGAAGAAGAAAGACGACGACGACACGCAGAAGAUGAUGAAGAAAUAGACGAAGGAGAUGAAGAACAAUAAAAACGAAUACCAAGGCGAAGACAUAGCCCUUAAAAAGCUUCAAAGCUACGCACUCGGUCUGUCAACAUCUUGCCGACUAAUGCAUAUCAUAACGCACUCAAAAUAAAUGUCAUCAUCAUCAUCAUCAUCAUCAUCAUCAUCAUCAUCAUCAUCAGUAUCUAUGUACGCUUUAAUAAUUUGUAGAAUUAGCAACAAAAAUGUAAAUGUUUCGCAUUCCAAAGUUGUGGAUUGUUUUGCUCUGAUGUUAUUGUAAUGUUAAUGAUAAUUUAUAACGACCAUAAAUGAGUUUUUCUUUUCGCUUGGAAAUUUUAAACUUUCCAUCGAAUACUUUUGAUAAAUCCGGACUGAUUACAUAUGUAUCGAACAAUUAAUAACUGAUUACUUAAUAAUGGUAAAACACUGGUCUGUUAUAUUGCUUGAGUUGAAUUAAAAUGCACCCAUUGCCAGUUAACAAAACCUUUUUGGUAUCGGACAGUCGCGACUUUCGUGUUUUGAAAGUAACAUAAACAAGUGUAUUUUCGUUAAACAUUUGUUUAUGAAAGUUGCGCCAUAGACCUAGUCUUAAUCCAUUGAAUAUACGUCAUGUAUUGAAGUGGCUAUGAACACGACUGUUCAAUUUCCUUUUGAAGGAUAUCAUUCAAAUAUCAAACAAAGUUA